AGUGCUUCAGUUUUCUGUUGCUAAAGACAGCCAUUAUGCCUGAGCCAAAAUCCGCUCCUGCUCCCAAGAAGGGCUCAAAGAAAACCGUUUCUAAGAGCCAGGUGAAAGGAGGAAAGAAACGCAGAAAGGCUAGAAAAGAAAGCUAUUCCAUCUACGUGUACAAGGUGCUGAAGCAAGUUCACCCUGAUACUGGUAUUUCUUCUAAGGCAAUGGGAAUUAUGAACUCGUUUGUGAACGAUAUAUUUGAGCGCAUUGCCGGUGAGGCUUCUCGUCUAGCGCACUACAACAAGCGCUCGACCAUUUCUUCCCGGGAGAUCCAAACUGCUGUGAGGCUCCUACUCCCGGGAGAGCUUGCAAAGCACGCUGUGUCCGAAGGUACCAAGGCCGUUACCAAAUACACCAGCUCCAAGUAAACAGAACUACUUGAUUGAAACCAACGGCUCUUUUCAGAGCC